AUGGUCUCUUUCACCGCCCUUGCUCUCCUGGCAACCUCUGCCAUGGCCGGUCCCGUCGCUCGCCAAAUUGCAAUCCCUGAGAAUUGGAACUGGCAGGUCGAGAACUGGGAGGGUGGUUGCAGUCGAUCUGGCUGCUACUACAACUUCAACGUCACCGUACCAACUAUCGAGGGAGAGAUCGCAGGUGUGAAGGCAUACUGCCAUGGCUACGAACAGGGAUAUAACAACAGCUUUACGAUUCCCUCAACAUACGAGUCGUGCCAACUGCUCGAGGGUGUCAACAACGGUGUUGCGGCUAGGUUAUCGCUGAGGGAGAAGGAUGGACAGGGAUUUGGGCCCAAGGAGAUCGAAGUUAGUUUCUUGUAUGCUGGAUACGAGGACCGUCCUGCCUACAACUUCUCCGGCACCCACGAGGCCAGGUACAACCAGUUUGUAUCGUCACCCCUUAACUUUACCGUAACUCCCACAAAGGUGUUCAGUAUCGCAUAG